UUCCCCAAUUCCCAAAUUCUAGGGUUCGCCUCUUGCACCGCCACGCAUCAGGAGCACACGCCCACAUGAAGAUGAGGGCGGCGGUGGCCGACGGCGACGGCGACGACGACGGCGCCGGCGCGCCCGUCCAAGUCAGCGUGGACCCCGCCGCCUACCGGGACUGGUCCGCGCUCCCGGCCGACCUGCUGCUCACGGUGAUGGAGUCGCUCGCCAUCCCCGACCUCUUCCGCGCCGGGACCGCCUGCGCCUCCUGGUACGCCGCCUACUCCAUCGCCCGCCGCGCCCGUAUCCCCAUACGGGAUUCGGCUCCGUGCUUGCUCUACUCCGGCGAAGGCGACGACGACCCCAGCAAGGCCACCCUGUACAGCCCCUCGAGCGGGGACUGCUUCCGCGUGCGGCUCCCGGACCCGCCGCUCCGGAGCCGCAACCUCGUCGGCUCAGCGCACGGCUGGCUCGUCACCGCCGACGAGCAAUCCAACCUCCACCUCGUGAACCCGCUCAACGGCGCGCAGGUCGCGCUCCCGCCCGUCACGGCCCUCCACCAUGUGGAGAGCUUCGUGGACGAGGAAGGGAACAUAGUGUAUAGUGUUGAUGAGUCUCUGGGGCCCGACGAUCCAGAAGCCAAUCUCCCCGAAUUCGAGGAGCUCGCCGACCGGGAAGUCCCCGUGGAAUACCCUGCGGAGAAGCUGCGCCUGUUCAUGUACCACAGGGUGAUUCUAUCCUGCAGCCCAUCCGUGGGGAGGGAAUGUGUUGCCCUGCUGGUGCACAGACCGGAUGGGAUGAUCUCCUUCGCCCGACCGGGCGACGAGAGAUGGACCCAUAUCAACCGGACAACGAGCAAUGGAUCGCUCAAAUGGGAUACCGGCUAUACCGAUGCGCUUUACAACAAGAAUGAUGGCUUGUUCUACCUGUUGAGCUUUGACGGUUCUAUAUGCGCGUUGGAUCUAAGUGGGUCAAGUCCAGUUGCGAGGAACAUUGUGAAGAAAAAUACACAGUGGGAUAAUCCUAGCAAAUACAUUGUGCUGGCACCAUGGGGCGAUCUCUUGGAGGUGUGGAGGUUGAGAGACUUUGAUGAACCUGAUGAAACUCCUGAAUGUUCUUCUGCUGAGUUUGAGGAUCGAUCUGAUAAGUGGUUAACAGAAGAAAUUAUGCUAUAUAAAGUUGAUAUCGAUAAGCAGAAACUUGUUAAGAUAAGCAGCAUCGGGGAUUAUGCUCUGUUCCUUGGUUUCAAUUCUGUGGUGUGCCUUCCAACAGAGAAUUUUCCUAUGUUAAAACCUGAUUGUGCUUAUCUUUCUGAUGAAUUUUAUGAAGAAAUAUGUGUCAAGAGGCAUAACUGGCGAGAAAUAGGCAUUUGGGAUUUGAAAAAUUGCAAACUGCAGAGCCUUGGUGAUGUGGAGUCUCUUCAUGCUUGGCGUAAUUGGCCAUCGCCUAUUUGGAUAACACCAUCUCUUAGUUAGAAAGAUGUGGGAGAUUUUCAUGUAUUAGGAGCUCCAAUAUGGAUAUCAUUAAUCGAAAAGAGAGAUUUAUGAUGAACUGAUGAUAGCCCAAUACUCAAUUUGGUUCUGAAAUGAUUCUUGCUCCUGUACAAUAAAAGCUGUAGUAGUUAUUAUUCUUAUCUUAAAGCUCAGCAGUUUGCUGCACCCUUGUUCAUUCCAUUGCUAUUCUUGUGCACAUGCCUUCAACACCUCAGCACAUGCCCCCGGUAAACCUCUCCUUCCUCGUUUUCAUGUACUUUCACCGUCGUUGGAUGUUACUGCUGCUUUGCUUCUUUUUAUUUCCUAUCAAUUACUCUUUUUUCUUCGUUGUUGGUGUUGUUCCCUCCCUUUGCUUGUGGGCCGUCCUGUCAGUUACUCAAAUCAUCACUUAAGAGA